AUGAUAGAAAUAAUACUCAACGAUCGACUGGGAAAAAAAAUUCGAGUGAAAUGUAACCCGGAUGAUACCAUCGGAGAUUUAAAGAAACUUGUGGCUGCGCAGACAGGAACAAGAGCUGACAAAAUAAGAAUACAGAAAUGGUAUACUAUAUAUAAAGAUCAUAUCACAUUACAAGACUAUGAAAUAAAAGAUGGAAUGAACCUUGAAUUAUAUUACAACUAA